GCAAAAGAAGUCGAACACAUUGUUAUAUAUGCAAGUCAACCUAGUUAAGUUCUGUCUAAUAUUCUAUAUAAAACCAACAUUGAUCAAAGUUAACAACAAACCAAGUAUCUAAAUUAACAUUAACAUCCACAUCAAUUAUUCCUUUAAUGGAGACAGAAGAGUUAACUAUUAAUAAUACAAGGCAGGCAUUCUAUCAAGCAUCAUUGAAUAACAACAAUGGUGGCUUAAGAACCUUAAUAAACACCUUGAAUCUGAGCAGAGUUUCAUUUUCAUUCUCUCCAUUCGGAGAAACCCCAUUACACAUAGCAGCUGUGCUUGGAAAUCUGGAGUUAUGUGAGAUUCUUCUAAGCAAGGAACCAAGUUUAGCGACGGAAGUGGACUCAGAACACGGACGUUGUCCUCUUCAUCUUGCUUCAGCUGAAGGACACACUAAGAUAGUGAAAGCUCUGGUUAUGGAGAAUUCAGACACGUGCUUGAUCCAAGACAAAGAUGGUAACCUUCCUCUUCACUUGGCUGCGUCAUUGAAGAGUUGAUAAGAUUGAAGCCAUGCUCUGUUUGGAAGAUGGUUGAUGUGUUAGGUGUAAUCACCUUGAGGCCUUGAAAUUCAUAGUGGAAUCAGUGCAUGGAGCCAAACAGCUCCUAUAUGCCAUUGAUAAAGAUGGUAACACACUUCUGCAUUUAGCAGUGAGUCUUCGCCAAAUUAAGAUCAUAAGAUACUUACUUUUGCUAGCCGAGAUUAGAACAGCAGCAAAAGCUAUGAACAGGAAGGGUCUAACAGCUUUGGAAGUAUUGGAUCAUUGUCCAAGAGAUUUCAUAAGCCUCACCAUUGAACACAUUCUAAUUGAAUCCAGAAUUCAAAGGCUAAGAGACAUACCAAUUUUUAUUCCACAACAACCAGAGCACUCAUCACCACAUCUUUACCAAGAGCAAGAAGAAUCACAUGAACAACUAAGCAGUAAAUGGAAAAAAUGGGAGAAUUUCUACACAAAAUAUCUACAAUACCAAGGAAAUUGGAUAGAAGAGACACGUGGCACACUCAUGGUGGUGGCAACUGUGAUAGCAACACUAAGUCCACCAGGAGGGGUAUGGCAAGAAAAUACAAGAAAUGGAGGGCAUAGCUGCAAAUCCUAUGGUGUGUGUGAAGCAGGAACUGCAGUUGUAGGGUAUGUUUGGUCAGAGGACUAUGUGACAUUCAUGUUCUUCAACACUAUAUCUUUCUUUGCAUCACUUUGUGUGGUGCUGAUUCUCAUUAGUGGGUUCCCACUUAAGAACAAGGUCGUAAUGUGGGUUUUGACCAUUGACAUGACCAUUGCUGUAAGCUUCAUGCUUUUGACAUAUCUGUGGGCAUUGGGUUUGGUGGCACCUGAUCAUCUUUAUUAUAGAUUUUAUAAAAUUGGAUUUCUUCUUGGGGGUUCUUGGUGUAUCAUACUCUUAGGUGUUGCUUUGAUUCAAACAGCUCGCUUAGUCUUUUGCAUUAAGAAGAGGAACAUAAUUAGGGUAAAGUAUUAAAUGCCAAAUUUUGUCAAGGUUAUGUAUUACAUACUUAUGACGUUUUAGCAACUCAAGUAAUUAUUAUUAAA